AUGAGUGUAAGCAAGUUAGUGGGGGAGGAGCAAGGAUUUUCCUCUGAUGGUCCCAAAAAGUCCCAUGUGAAGUCAGAAUGUCCUGAUCAAGCAAAGGACUGCAUUCUUUCUGAUGAUGUGAAGGCUUCCCAAAUUACAAUGAUGCACAUGUAG